AUGAAGCUCACGAGAAGCCCGGAGGUGCUGGUGAGUGAGGAGCAGAGAUCGCCUCUCCUGCUGCUGUUGGGCCUACUGGGGCUCGUGCGUUCCUGUUCUGCUCAGACCCCUUUUAAGAAGUUUGAAGUUCAGCACGUACAGCCAAACAGUCUCCCAUGCGACCAGGCAAUGAUUUCUGUCAACAAAGCUGCUCAGAAGUGUACGCCCACACACACCUUUCUCCACAAGGCUCCCCAGGAUGUGAUUGCCAUCUGUAGAUUGCCCACAACACCCUGCAGGAGUGGUCAGAACAAGUGCCACCUCAGUGCAUGUCCUGUGAGAAUGACUGAAUGCCAGCUUAUUGGAAAAGACCAGUUUCCUAACUGCCGCUACACGGAUACUCAUAGAGUUCAAAACUUCAUUGUGGCCUGUGACCCGCGUCAGCCAGGUGACCCUCGAGAUCCCCUGCUGCCUGUAUACUUGGACUGAGUCCUUUAAAGUUUUCAUCAGUUUUUGUCUGUCU